CCAACUUUGGUAUCGGACGUAGUCUUCAUUUGUGCGUGUGAAAGCAUCGAAGUUUAUGUCGAAUAUACUUAGGAUAACUAUCGAAUUUGACGUAAAGAUUAGACUUAAACUUCCAUGAUAACUAAUAUAUACUUCGUAUCUUCUAAAACGUGUUCAUUUCGGGGAAAUAAGGAUAUUUUGAUACAGGCCAAAAUCAUGUGACGCGUAUUGACCAAUGAAAUUGUCGCAUUUUCAAUUGUGGGUAUAUAAACUAUUUAGUCAACGGGAUGGUUGGUAAUGUUAUUGACGGAUGAUAAUGGAUCCUUGCUGAAUCUAGCGGAUAGAAUGGUCUUGAAGAGCCAUCCGACACUGCAAAGGUUUCAGCAGAAUGCCCCGGUCAACAGUUCAGGAUAGAUGGUUUUACAGUUUUCCACAAGCCUAAUGUGACUUGUGAUGACUGGGAAAAUAAAAGUUUCCCAGGAGGAAUUCAGUGUUCCUGACAGUUCCCAUUGUCUGGCAGGAAGAUAAUGCAGACAGACAUGACUAGGGAAGGAGGUGACUCCAUUCUUAGCCCUGGCAGGCACAACUCUGCCAGUGAAUAUAAUUACACAAGUGAUUCUGAAAGGUCUACCGACAUAAAGAUGGAAAACAGCUUGAACGAUUCCGAUAUGAAUGAUGGGGCAUCGCCAAGUUCUGUCAAUCAGAACUCGACCAGUAACGGACGUAGUACCAAUCAACUGCAAUAUCUUCAAAAGUCAGUCAUGAAGGCUCUGUGGCGACACCAGUAUGCUUGGCCAUUCCAUAAACCUGUAGAUGCAGAUUCCUUAAACUUGCCAGAUUACUACAAGAUAAUCAAACAUCCUAUGGAUCUAGGAUCAAUAAAGAAGAGACUGGAGACUAAUUACUACUUCUCUGCCACAGAAUGCAUACAAGACUUCAACCAGAUGUUUACAAAUUGUUAUAUUUACAAUAAACCUGGAGAGGAUAUUGUACUCAUGGCCCAAGUGCUAGAAAAAGUUUUUCUACAGAAGGUUGCUCAGAUGCCCUCUGAAGAAAAAGAAAUUCUCCCACAAGCAAGAAAAACUCCGAAGUCUGCCAAACUUUCUGGUGCUACAGCCAACAAAACUCUUAGUACCAAACCUGUUGAUGCUGAACCAGCUAAACCUGUACCCCCACCUCCUUUACCCACCCCUUCAUCUACUUUACAACCAACCACUGCAGCUGUGGCCCCAUCUUCCACAACAGCUGUCACUGCAGCACCAGCAUCCAUCUCAUCAACUACAACAACAUCAACUAACACUGUUAUGGAAUCAACACAGUUCAACUCAACACACAAUUCUAUGGAGCCAGCAAUUAUACCUCCAUCACAACCAAUCAAGACAAAAAGAGGAGUAAAACGAAAAGCUGACACAACUACCCCUGUCGUGUCCUCUUCACCUUAUGAUCCUGUAUUUGAUCCAAGUCCCAAAGUAGAAAAGCUUGUUUCUCCAAAGGUUACUCCAGCGAAGGUCUUCUCUGCAAAGGUCAUACCAGCAAAGGUUACCCCUGCAAGGAGGGAAAGUAAUAGGCAAAUCAAAAAACCUAAACGAGAUUUACCCUCUGAAGAACCAGUAGGAGAACAGGCACAGCACAAUUUGAAGAACAAGAAGGGAAAGCUCUCUCCACAAUUGAAGUAUUGCAGUAAUUUUGUCAAGGAAUUGUUUGCAAAAAAACAUGCUAGUUAUGCUUGGCCAUUUUAUAAGCCAGUGGAUGCCAAUCUUCUGGGUCUUCAUGAUUACCAUGAAAUUAUUAAAAAGCCUAUGGACCUAGGCUCAAUUAAAAAAAAAUUGGAAACAAGAGAGUAUUCCUGUCCAUCAGAGUUUGCAGAGGAUGUGCGGUUAAUUUUCACAAACUGUUAUCGUUACAACCCCCCAGAUAGUGAUGUAGUUAUGAUGGCAAAGAAGCUACAGGAUGUUUUUGAAAUGAAAUAUGCAAAAAUGCCUGAACUUCCGGACCUACCAGAAACUGCAGGGAAUGGGGGGUUAAAAAGUGAUAGUGAAAGUUCAUCUGCAGAGGAAUCUCCGACAGAUGAUGACGACAGUGAAGAGGAGCGAGAGCAAAAGAUCAAGGAAAUGCAGGAAACGAUGAAGCAUAUACAAGAACAGUUGCAACAAUUAACAGAAGAACAUAUGCAAAAAUUAAAACAAAAGACUGAAAGACGUGAAAGAAAGGAGAAAAGACUUGUUAAAAAGAAAUCUAAAGUUAAAGAUGAAGUGAAAGACAAAGUGACAGAACCUUUAAAUGUGCCAUCUCAGCCACAACUUGUGCAAUUGCCGGCUGCAGACACCUCAAAGCCUGCAAAAACUGUAAAGACAAAGGCAAAUAAACAAAAGUCACCUUCUGAAUCUAAACGCAAACGAGCAGGUCGCUCACAAAAUAGUUCCAAGAAAAAUAAAAGUGCAACGGUGGCUGUGUCUCAGUUACAACCACCACCUCCAGCAUUCGAUAGUGAUGAUGAGGACAAUGCAAAGCCAAUGACUUAUGAUGAAAAAAGACAAUUAAGUUUGGAUAUAAAUAAGUUGCCUGGAGAUAAAUUAGGAAGAGUAGUGUAUAUAAUACAAUCCAGAGAACCGUCCUUACGAGAUUCCAAUCCAGAUGAAAUAGAAAUAGACUUUGAAACUUUAAAACCUUCAACAUUACGGGAAUUAGAAGCUUAUGUGAUGUCUUGUUUAAAAAAGAAAACAAGAAAAACAUACACGAAAAAAGGAGCUGGUAAAUCACGUGAAGAAGCCCAGAGUGAAAAGAAGAAGGAGUUGGAAAAACGGUUGCAGGAUGUACAGGGUCAAUUAGGAGGAUCCCACAAGAAAACUGGUAGCAAAAAAGAUGAUGGCAAUGCAGCAGAUGGUGGGGCCAGUCGCUUGAGUGCCAGCAGCAGUAGUUCGUCCGGCAGUGAUUCCAGUACAGACAGUAGCUCAUCCAGUUCUUCUGAUUCCAGCGACUCUGAGUCAGGAUCACCUACCAAGAGGACAAAGGGUCAUUCAAAAAGGGGCGGAACUCCGAAACAAGGCAAAGGGAAAUUCAAUAAGCGACAGAUGCCACCAAAUGCUUCUGGACCCAUGUCGCCACCAGUGAAGAUUACUAUUGGUGCUGGGAUGAUGUCGCCCAAACAGCCACAGCAACUGCAGUCUCCGCCCCCACUGGUACAGACACGCCCAUCAAUGCCUCCUGUGGUUCCUCCAGGACAGCAAACUCUUCCCCCAAACGACCACUUCUCCUCCCUUCCUACAGAGACUGGAUAUGGUCAGAUGCCUCCCAGAAUGGGAACAAAGUCUGACCCUCUCCAGUUACCAGCCUACCCCCCUUCUACACAGCAUCAGAUAGCUCAUCAACCACACCCACCUCAUGUACAGCCCACAUCAGUAGUGGGUCAGCCGAUGUCGGUCAUACAACAAAAACCAGCUUCCCCUGGCAGAGUUCCCCCGCCAUCCAGACCAGUGACUCAUUCACUACCACAGCAGCCUAGUCGACCUAGUGCCAUGGCCACAGCAAAGCCACUGUCAAGACCCAUAGCCUCCAAACCAGUCUCAUUAGCAAAUCACAUAGCAGCAGCAUCUCGACCAUCACCCAUACAGUCGCCCCCCAUCAUUGUGAGUUCCCCUGUGAAGACAUACCCUGACUCCAAGCCACUGUCACCCCCAAUGUUGAUGGAGAGGUCACAGUCUCGAGGAUCGGAGCAGAUGGCUCGCUUUUUCCUUAGUGAUGAAGAUUCAAGCAACAGUCCCAAGCAUAGUCCACCAAAGAAUGCUCCCCCAGCACCUCCAGGAGCAACCAUUUCUGCCAGUGGCGUGGGUAUAUCAUUUGGAGUGGGCAGCAAUAACACAAUGCCAGGCGGAGGCGAUCCUGGUCGUAAGCCAGACAAAAACAUGCUUUCUCAGGUUAAAAAGGACCAGUUAAAACUCAAGAAUGCUGGGUCUUGGACAAGUCUAGCCAGUAUGGGAGCUGCACCCUCCUCAUCUAAAAAGUAUACAUCUCAGAGCUUCGAGAUCUUCAAAAAACAAGCCAAAGAAAAAGAGGAAAGGGAACGAGCAUUUAAAGAGCAAGCAGAACAAAUAAAAAUUCAAAAAAUCAAUGCUGAAAAAGAACGCCAUCGUCAGGAACAAGAAAAAAUAAGGGAACGAGAGGAAGAAGAUGCUUUAGCACACGCAAGACGAGCUCAAGCUCUGCAUGAGGAGGUACUUAAACAGAAGGAAGCAGAACGAAAUGCAGCAAAGCAACGAGAACGCAUGAAGGAACAGGAAAGGCGAAGAAGAGAGGCUAUGGCCCAUCGGAUAGAUAUGAAUGCACAGAGUGAAUUAAUGGCAUCAUUUGAGGAAAUGCUGUGAUGAUGGCUGUUAGCUAAAUAUUGGCACUUGACAAUGAUGUGAGCUGCUGAGAUCAUCAACAUGUUUCAGACUCGAUUCAAGCUUUAAGAUUUAAAGCAGACUGGUUGCUAAUAAGCUCUCUCAGUCAGAUUGGUGGUUUCUGUGGUACAGUGCAUUAAGAGUGUUUGAACGUUGUGCAGUUUGACAGGCUCUAACACUGCCCCAUGAUGUCUGUGACAUUGGCCACUAUGGACAUGAACUUGAUUGAUCUGAUGACAGUGAAUGUAUUAUGGAAACGUGAUAACACGUAUCAAACAAGAAUCAUGAUGGCAACUAAGCACCGUCCAUCGUGACAAGCAAUAUUGAACGCCUGUGUGUGAAAUUGUAGUUUCUCUAUGAAACAAGACUGAAUCUGUAUAGAAAUUGUCUGCAGUUUAAAUUUUGCCUGUCUGAUUAUGACAUGGACAAAACAUUGUUAUGCUGCAAAACAGACGUAUAUGAUUUUAUGACCUUUUAACAGAAAACAGCUUGUAAAUCUUGAUGCUGUAUAUACGAAUGGAAGGUUUGGUAAAGAUGUACUGGACAUUAUUAAUACUAUAGUGAUGUGGUUUGUUGAAGACUAGAUAGAUAUCAAGAAUGGUGCUUUUAUAACCUGGUUCAGUCUAAACUUUAUUCAGUGUGAUUACACAUGUUGUAUGUAAUAGUAGAUAAAAGUCUUUAUACUAUUGUAACUCUGAGACUCGUGUGUCGUAAACUUUGUAUGUCAUUUAUUGUAUAUUUUCAUUGGGAAGCUAAAAGCGACACAAGUUCCUUCUGUAGAAAACAUGACUGUCUUGUGUAUGAAAUACAUUUGAAGGCGUUCAUGAUUAGAUGAGGAAGUUGUCACUCGUUCAGUAUAAAUUAUAUUAAAUGUAAUCUCUGGGAAGGGCAUCUUGCCAUUAUUAUACAUAAAUCAAGCAACAAUUUACGCAUAUUGUGUUCCCCACACAAAACAAAAUAAACAAAAAAAAUGAAUGUUGUGCAUUCUUAAAUCCACUAGAGUCCUGAACUGUUUAAUCUGGUCACUAACAUUCCAAAGAAGAAACAUCUGGAAGAAAAUGUCUGGGAAUGGGAUUGUUAUGAGAACAAAUCCACAACCAGAAUCAUUAAUCAGGGAGAUAUGUAAUCCAGAUUAUUAUGGAAUGUGAAAGUGUUCAAAUUAAUGAGUGCAGACUAAUCUGUAGGUUUUCAAAAUUCAUAUCUGGUGUAAAUUUUUAUGUUGUCAUCAAGUUUUAUAUGUGUAUGAUGUAUGUGGUAGAUGAAUGGCUGGUUCAUUGAGCAUAAGUGGGAACAGAUAUUUCCUCUGGUUCAGGAAACUUAAUAAAUAUUAUAUAUCAAUGGACAGAUUUUAUUAAUUAGGUUGUUAAACUUCGAUCAUUUGAAGUUUAGAACAUUGAUAUGUUUGAAUUCAAAAUCUCCAGAGAGAGAUGUUUAUGUACAGAUUGAAAAUAUUAAUAUAUGAAAUCUUGAUCUCUGAGAAUUGUUGCGUAAUUAUUUGUAGUGGUUCCUGUUAUUCAUUCUUAGUUUAAAGCCAAAAUUCUGUUUUCCAAAUAAAUGAUGGCACAUACAUUAUAAAUUCACUAGGAUUACUUUAUCUUGUGCAUAAAUUGGCAUUUACUUUUGACAAAAUAAGUUUUAAUUCUUGAAAGAAAUUCAGUUUUUGAUGUGGUUUUGUUUAAACUGUCAUAAUGAUGUAGUAAACGUUUCCUAUGAUAUGAAAUACGACUGUCCAAAAUAAGUCUUAUUGGAGGAAUUGUAGGCACAUUUUCUGAGGCCUCGUGCUAUUAAACUAAAUAUUGGAACCAGUUGAACACAAGUUGUAGGUAGACAUGGAUUUAACAUGGCUUCUACUUAUGAGACAGUUAUGCCCCAUUUCCCCACAUAGGUAUAAUAAACAAGGUUAAAAAUCCCUGCAAGUUUCUGUUUAAACUGUAUCUUGUCUCAAAUGAAAUAUGCUCAGUCAUUCUGUGAAUUAAUUUCAUGAUUAAAUAUGGAUUUACAGAACUGCACUGCUUUAUAUAAGGUUUCAUUUUAUAAAUGUUGAUAUAGUGGAAAGAGAGAGCCAUCAUCCUAUCAUUAUUUCAUUAAAAGUUGUUCCAACAUUUGGAAAUUUUGCUUUUUCCUUUUGUGAUUUAUAGCAACAUUUUCAUGCUUUCAUUUAGUUUAAGUUUUUAACAAUUUAAUCAUUUUUAUAUGCGAGUUGUGGUUUAGUCAAUCUGGUAUGACUGUUUAUUCAUAGUGGUGAUGUAAAUAUCUCAUAAACAUCUUCAUAUUAUCAUAAGAUAUUAUAUUCAUAGCACUAGGUGUAAAUGAAUCAAAAAAGGUGCAGUACAUGUACAUUUUGUUUGUGUAAUUUAUUCCAAUAUUUUUUGACAGCAGCUGAUUGUAAAUACCCAUGUAAUCCUUUCUCACCAAUGGUCACAUUGCAAGACUCGUUCCAUUUGAGUCCCAAACAUGUAGUAAGUGGGAGUUCAUCAUCGUUCAGAAUGCAUUCAUUUCCACUUGCAUUUGAGCAUAAUAAUGUAAGAUUACAUAUUGAGUGAUUCUGUCUAGAAUUGAAUUUUAUUUCAUAGCAUUACAUGUAGUUAAAAUCACCCUAAGCAUCAGAACUCGUGUGCAAUGAAAAUGUCCAUGUAUGUAAAUUUUGAGCUCAAAUAUUAACAAAAAUAUGGACCCAAAUAGUAGUUUAACAUUAUGAGAGCUUUAUAACUUAUAUAUUUCCAACUUUGGAUUAAAGUAUCAAUUUUCUUCAUAUAACACUUGUUCAAAUUAAAGGUUUCAACUCUUGCAAUCAAUUCCUUAUUAAAUGCAGAAAUGUUUUAGAAGUUGAUGUUUAGUCUCGCGAUUUCUCUCAUGUAGCAGUUUGUAUAGAAGUAACUACCUACCAAAGAUCUUGUCAAGCUAAUAUAUAUAUAAUGUUUUAGAAUACAUUCAAUCAUAUCUGAACUCUUUAACAUGUCAGCUUAUGGUUUCCUUCAGAAGGUAUCUUUCUUUUAUUAUCUUUAUUCAAGAACAGUUUGAAUAUGUCUACAUGAGAUUUAGUCAUCCAAAAUGUUUUCCUUUCACUGGCUGGUCCAGCCUCUAUCAACAUAUUUCCAUGAAUUAACCGUACCAGCUGUUGACACUGUUCCAACUUUUAAUGAAAAAGAAAACACUGGUAUGUUGUGUGAAAACGGAACCUUGCAGGGUUAAUCAGUCAGUCCCCCCAAUGCUUUCUUUCUGAUGUUCAAGUACAAACUAUUCUGGUGUAUAAACAUCUUCAGUCACAGGAUUGUAUUAUCUAUAACUUUGCAUAUUUGUGUGUUCUGUCGAGGCAGAAUUGUGUCAAAUGACAGUCUUGUGUAUCAUAUGCUGUUGAUUGUUUUGCUGCAGCUUGUAAUCUCAAAUCGUUGAUCACAUUAAUCAAUUAUCAUGUCAAUAUUACAUGAAAAAAAUAAAGUACUUCAAGACCUAUG